AAUAAAUAUUUCGAAGAAAGGAUGAAUUACAUAAUAUGAGUGUGAUUCAGGGCUCUGAGACAAAGUUACGGGAAACUCUCCGAUUAGCAGGUCGCGUAAACAUUCAUCGCGAAACGAGUUUAAUGCCACUUUUUUUUUCAACCAAAAGUUGUCAAACUUCGACGGCACCUGGCGGAAGUCAGGCGGCAAGUCCCGAGGAGAUGCUGUCUGACCAGUUCGGCAAGGAGCGCUGCGACGCUCUGAACUUUUACCCGUUUCAGUAGAGUAACAAUUGAACGGCAUGAAGAAAGCCAGCGGCCCGGCAAAAUGCCAGCGUCCCGGCGUUUAAUGUAAAUGGAUACAAGGUUGUUUGAUGGGAGAUGGAAGCUAGUCAAGCUAUUAUGUCUAUGGACCCACUUGUUUCAAACCUUUCCACACAGUGCUCUUCAAGGAAACGGCGAGUGGUUUCGAAAGAUGGGCGCAGCAAUGUCAAAAUUGAUCAUGUUGAUGGCCUGGCCAUGUUGUAUCUCCAUGAUCUUUGGACAACAGUAAUAGACAUGAAAUGGCGUUAUAAGUUAACCUUGUUCUCAGCAACAUUUGUGAUGACCUGGUUUUUCUUUGGAGUCGUGUUUUACCUCAUUGCACGCUUUCACGGAGAUUUGGAUGUGCCCAGUUCCAACCAUACCCCUUGUGUCAUGAAUGUGGACUCCUUGACGGGGGCUUUCCUUUUUUCUCUUGAAUCACAGACUACUAUUGGAUAUGGUUUUCGUUUUAUUACAGAAGAAUGUUCCUUUGCCAUUAUCAUACUAGUGGCUCAGUUGGUCAUCACCACUUUAGCUGAAAUUUUUAUCACUGGAACAUUUCUGGCCAAGCUGGCAAGACCAAAAAAAAGGGCAGAGACCAUUAAAUUUAGCAAUAAUGCAAUUGUCACAAAACAUGAUGGCAAGCUUUGCCUCAUGAUCCGAGUGGCCAACAUGAGAAAGAGCCUGUUAAUCCAGUGCCAGCUCAGUGGGAAAAUGCUCCACACAUAUGAAACGAAAGAAGGGGAAAAGAUCCUUCUCAACCAGACCAAUGUACGCUUCCAGGUAGACUCUGCAUCAGAUAGUCCUUUCCUCAUUCUGCCGUUAACUUUCUACCAUGUUAUUGAUGAGUGGAGUCCAUUAAAGGACCUCACUGCUGCUAAUCUUCAUGAGAAGGACUUUGAAUUGGUUGUGAUUUUAAAUGCCACUGUAGAAUCCACCAGUGCAACAUGCCAGAGUCGAACCUCAUAUAUCCCAGAGGAGAUACUCUGGGGCUAUGAGUUUUUGCCAGUAGUUUAUAACUCCCCAAGUGGAAAAUAUGUUGCUGAUUUCAGCUGCUACGAUCAUGUUCAGCGAAGCAAUGAUCCUAGUCUUUUUUGUACAGAUUUGGAAAAAUUGCAUUUAGAAGAAAAAUACAGAAAAGCCAAUCAAGAAGAACGUGAUGAGCUUCACACAGUAUGACAAUUAGCCAUAUUAUUAAAUAAAGUAAGACUAAUGUAUUAAUUACUUGAUUGUCCCUGAGGAUAAAAUUUAUGAAUUCAUAUUGAAGGGUUGAUAAAUGCACAACAUGUCAUGAAUGUGAAGAAUAAAUUCUCUGUGUUAUUGCAACACAUUUUUAAUUUUUUUAUUAAACGUUUCCAAAUGUUAUUUAGGUGUUAGCGUUGUUUUUUUCUUCAUGGCCUCAAAAUAUAGGGGAUUUUUAAGAGAUUUUGUCAUAUAUUUCUCUAUAUGUGAAUCACACAUUAUUGUCAAAAUGGUUGUUUGAAGAUGAUGACAGUGGUUACUAACAAUAGUUUUAAAAUUUUUAAUAACAAUACAAUUUAAAUAACCAGAACUAUCUAUUUGUGAUAAACCAUGUUUGUAUAUUUUUUACUUUUACUUCACAUGACAGUAAAUUUAAAAUCCUAUGGAUUAUGAGCAUUUUUUCAUUUCCUUUGGAUCUUUAAUAAAUGUAUAUAAAUAAAAAACUUUACAAUUA